AUGUCAUCUAAGCCUUCUAAUAUUUGUUUAGGACUUCAUUUCUUCCAAUAUUCGGAAAUGACACUUUUACCCCGAGUGGCAUAUCAACCACGUGGGUUAGGCACAGAAUAUAUAGAUCCAUUGGCGAAUCCUGAAGCUUGCAAACGUGAUGUUAAAUUAAUGAAAGAAUUGGGUCUUAAUGCAAUUCGUGUUUAUGAGGUUGAUAACGAUAAGAAUCACGAUUCAUGUAUGAAUUAUUUUGCUGAAGCUGGCAUAUAUCUCGUUCUCGAUCUAGCUACCAUAAAAUCUAAUAUAAAUCGUGAUAAUCCACAAUGGUCAUUACAACUAUUUCAAAAUUACACCGCUACCGUUAAUGCAUUCAUCAAGUAUCCUAACACGUUGGCAUUUUUUGCUGGUAAUGAAGUUACGAAUAAUAAAUCUAAUACAGAGGCAAGUUCGUUUGUUAAAGCUGCGAUAAGGGACAUUAAAGAAUAUAUUAAGGUGAAUGCGAAAAAAAAAGAGGGACGAAUUAUACCAGUAGGAUAUUCCAGCAAUGAUGAUCAAGAUGUUAGAAUUCCAUUGAAGGAAUAUUUUAAUUGUGGAAACAAGAGUGAGCAGGUGGAUUUUUAUGGAGUAAAUUUAUAUGAAUGGUGUGGAGAUAGCACAUUUGAAACGUCUGGAUAUGCCGAUCGGACUGGAGAAUUCAUCAAUUAUAACAUUCCAGUUGUACUUUCUGAAUACGGUUGCAAUAUGGUCAAUCCGCGUAAAUUCACUGAAGUUUUAUCAAUCUAUGGCCCACAAAUGACCUCGGUCUGGUCUGGUGGAAUAGUCUAUGAAUGGUCACAAGAAAUAAAUUCAUAUGGUCUUGUAGAAAUUAGUAAAGAUGGUAGUGUCAAAAAAUUACAAGAUUUUUGGAAUCUUCAAGAGCAAUUUUCUAAAAUAACAGUUCCACCGAAUGACACGUUAUCAAUGGACUCUUACACACAAACAAAUGUUGAAUCUUCCAAGUGCCCUCUUAAAUCAGAAAAUUGGAAGGCGGAUAUGAAACUACCACCAACUCCUAUGAAAAAUGUUUGUGAAUGUAUGGUCUCUUCACUUUCUUGUGUUGCUUCAUCAAAAAUUAUGGAUAAUCAAAAUUUAAUUGAUGAAUAUUUUGGACUAAUUUGUGGAAUGAUCGAGUGUGAAAAUAUUAAUGUUAAUAUUAGUUCGAGUAAAUAUGGUAAAUAUUCGUAUUGCAAUCCGGAGGAUAAGUUGUCCUAUCAGUUUGAUGUUUAUUUUAAACAUAAAAAGAAAAAUCCUCUUGCUUGUAAUUUUAAGGCCCUAAUAAUCCUAAGGUUCCAAGUAGUGAUAGAAUUAGCAACGAUGAUGGUAAAAAGAAAAGUGAUGCGAUUUUUUCAAAAAAUUUUGAAAGUUUUAUGGGAAUAA